ACCUCGUGUUCAUACUUCCCCAUAAAUAUCUACUUUUUCUUCACGCUCGUGAUCUUAAUAAGAACAACAACCUCAAUUGUUGGUCUCUAAAAGUUCCUAAUGAAAUAAUUCCAUUAUAAAGCACCACCAGCAGCUUUAUUUUAGAUCCAUUCACAUACUUGAGAGUUGAGAUUCUAACCCAUAAAAAGGGAAAGAAGUUAUGGGUAAAAAUGAGAGGGAGGAGAAUGGUGUUGAUCCAGAAAAUCACAACCAGGAUGAGGGGGAGAAGAAGAAGCAGCUGAAAGAAGAAGAGUUGUCAGUGGAGAGGAUAUUUGAGAACCAAGAAGUUCCAUCAUGGAGAAAGCAGCUGACAGUGAGAGCCUUUGUGGUGAGCUUUGCGUUGAGCAUACUGUUCAGCAUCAUAGUCAUGAAACUCAAUCUCACCACAGGUAUUAUACCUUCUCUCAAUGUCUCUGCUGGACUCUUGGGCUUCUUCUUCGUCAAGACUUGGACCAAGUUACUUCACAAGUCUGGCCUUUUGAGACAGCCCUUUACAAGGCAAGAAAACACUGUUAUCCAGACCUGUGUUGUUGCCUCCUCCGGAAUCGCCUUUAGUGGAGGUUUUGGAAGCUACCUCUUUGCAAUGAGUGAACGUAUAGCCAAACAAUCAACAGAUACACUUGACUUCAAAAAACUAUCUUUGGGAUGGAUCAUCGGCUUUCUCUUUAUAGCCAGCUUUCUUGGACUCUUCUCAGUGGUGCCUCUUCGAAAGAUUAUGAUAAUAGACUUCAGACUGACGUAUCCAAGUGGUACUGCAACUGCUCAUCUUAUCAACAGCUUCCACACACCUCAAGGAGCCAAGCUAGCAAAGAAACAAGUGAGAGAGUUGGGCAAAUUUUUCACCUUCAGCUUUUUAUGGGGUUUCUUUCAAUGGUUCUAUACUGCUGGAGAUAAUUGUGGGUUUGCAAGUUUUCCUUCAUUAGGGCUUAAAGCAUUUGAUAACAAAUUUUUUUUUGAUUUCUCAGCAACAUAUGUUGGUGUAGGAAUGAUUUGCCCCUAUAUUGUAAAUAUAUCAGUUCUGCUUGGAGGGAUUAUUUCUUGGGGUCUGAUGUGGCCCCUCAUAGAAGAUAGAAAAGGUGACUGGUAUCCUGCAGACCUCAGCCCAGGCAGCUUCAGUGGUAUUCAAGGUUACAGGGUAUUUAUUGCCAUAGCCAUGAUCCUGGGAGAUGGUCUAUAUAACUUCCUCAAGGUUCUGAGUCGAACCCUCUUAGGUUUGUUUCAUCAGCUCCGGUACAAAGAUUUGAGCUCUGAAAUCCCUGUUGCAGACCAUUCUUCUGAUGUGAGCUCUCAGUCUCAGCUCUCAUAUGAUGACAAGCGACGGACCCAACUCUUUCUCAAAGAUCAAAUUCCAAUAAUGUUUGCCGUUGGAGGCUAUGUUGCUAUUGCUGCCAUCUCUAUGGCCACUCUUCCACAUAUCUUUCACCAACUCAAAUGGUAUUACAUAUUGGUCAUCUACACAUUCGCACCCGCAUUGGCUUUCUGUAAUGCAUAUGGUUGUGGGCUCACUGAUUGGUCCCUUGCAUCCACAUACGGAAAGCUUGCCAUCUUUAUUAUUGGAGCAUGGGCGGGUGCCGCACAUGGUGGAGUUCUUGCAGGCCUGGCAGCUUGUGGAGUAAUGAUGAACAUUGUCUCGACAGCCUCUGACUUAAUGCAGGAUUUCAAGACUGGCUACUUGACACUGGCUUCACCCCGUUCUAUGUUUGUGAGCCAAAUAAUCGGCACAGCAAUGGGCUGUGUGAUUUCCCCUUGUGUGUUUUGGCUAUUUUACAAGGCCUUUGAUGACCUUGGGCAACCUGAGAGUCAGUACCCUGCUCCUUAUGCUGUUGUGUACCGCAACAUGGUUUUGUUGGGGGUAAAAGGCUUCUCAAGUCUGCCAAAGAAUUGCCUUAUACUCUGUUAUGUGUUCUUUGGUGCAGCCAUUCUGAUCAAUUUGAUUAAAGAUUUGGUGGGUAAAAAGUGGGGACGGUUCAUUCCACUUCCAAUGGCAAUGGCAAUACCUUUCUAUAUAGGAUCAUAUUUUGCCAUUGAUAUGUGUCUUGGAAGCUUAAUAUUGUUUGUGUGGGAAAAAAUAAACAAGGCCAAGGCAGAUGCUUUAGCACCUGCGGUAGCCUCUGGUUUGAUAUGUGGGGAUGGGAUAUGGACUUUGCCUGCUUCUAUCCUUGCUCUGGCUGGGGUCAAGCCACCAAUUUGUAUGAAGUUUCUGUCAAGAGGGAAUAAUGCUAAGGUUGAUGCAUUCUUAGGAUCAUAGGGCUAAGUUUAGUAUAUAAGAAAUGAAUGUGCAGUCAACCUGAUGCAUCCAAGGACUUGUAAAAUAACACUGAAUUUUUUUUAGCUUUAAUUUCUGUUGUGAAGACAAGAAUAGGUAUAGCAAAGCAACCAUAAAUGUGAUCAUAAGAUUAUGUAUGUUUUUACCAGAUUUUAUUACCAGGAAGGUAAAUUUUUACUUCAUCUCUUUUUCUCUCU